UGGAGACUUAUUGAGAGAACCUGGAACUAGUGUUCGCGUCUUUCCAAGAUGGCGGCUCUGAGGAUGCCAGAGAAAUUUGCCCGUUUUGGUAGAAGAUUUCAACGCUUAUUUAGCACUGGUCAAUGUCAGCAAGGGAGCUUCAAAGCAUUCCUCACAGAAGAAGAGGGACUUGCAAAGAAGACAUUUGACAACUGGAAAAAGAUUUCCUUCUUUAUCGCUGCACCAGCCUGUGUUUUCCUUGGUUACAAAGUGUUUUUUGUUGAUCAUGAAGAGCACCCCAUGGAAGACUCCUAUAUUCCAUAUUCACAUCUGAAAAUCAGAAAUAAGCCUUUUCCAUGGGGCGAUGGCGAUCGCUCUUUGUUUCACAACAAACAUACAAACUUUGGCUUUGAGAACAAUGAGGAAGAGGAGGUUGUUGAUGAGGUCCCCAAGGAGGAGGAGUCUAUCAUCACCAAGUUAAUUGUGGAAUAUCUGAUGGAUGACCCUGAGAAAAACAGAAAAACCAAGAAUGAACACAUGGCUCUCAUCAGGAAACGAGCAGAUGAAUACUUGGAGCGGAAGAGACAUAAAAACCACCCUCCAGAGCCCAUCGACCUCGAGGAAAUUCUGCGAGAGACUGUCCGGCCCAAGGAGAGGGGUGUGGAUGGAUACUAAAGUGUUAUUAACCGUCCAAAUCUAAUGUAUUAUUAUUUUUAGUCUCAUGUGAAAAUCUUGAGCUAGAGUGAUUUGUAAUUACCGUUUUAUGUCUUCUAAAUAAACAUGGUUCUUAUUGUAA